AUGACAGCUGUUGAAACAGAUGUUGAAACAGACUCUCAAGUCAAUAUCAUCAAUGUAGAUGAAUUGCAAAAUUAUGGUAUCAACGUUUCUGACCUUCAGAAAUUGAAAGCUGGUGGUAUAUUUACUGUUAAUACCGUUCUUUCUGUAACUAAGAGGAAUCUUUCUAAGAUAAAGGGUUUAAGUGAUAUUAAGGUUGAAAAAAUUAAAGAAGCUGCUGGUAAAAUUAUCCAAGUAGGUUUUAUUCCUGCUACUAUUCAGUUGAAUAUUAGACAAAGAGUUCUCAGUUUAUCUACCGGUUCCAAACAACUUGAUAGUAUCCUUGGUGGUGGUAUAAUGACAAUGAGUAUCACUGAAGUAUUUGGGGAGUUUCGUUGUGGUAAAACUCAGAUGGCUCAUACACUAUGUGUAACGACACAAUUGCCUAGGGAAAUGGGCGGGGGUGAAGGGAAAGUAGCUUAUAUAGAUACCGAAGGUACCUUCCGUCCAGAGAGAAUAAAACAAAUCGCUGAAAGAUACAAUUUAGAUCCAGAUGCCUGCUUGGAAAAUGUUUCUUAUGCAAGAGCCUUAAAUAGCGAACAUCAAAUGGAACUUGUAGAAAAGUUAGGCGAAGAUUUGAGUUCGGGUGAAUACCGUUUAAUCGUAAUGGACUCAAUAAUGGCUAACUUUAGAGUAGACUACUGUGGCAGAGGUGAAUUAAAUGAACGUCAGCAAAAAUUGAACCAACAUUUGUUUAAAUUAAAUAGAGUAGCAGAAGAAUUUAACGUUGCAGUUUUUAUGACUAACCAGGUUCAAUCUGACCCAGGGGCUUCCGCAUUGUUUGCAUCUGCAGAUGGUAGAAAACCUGUUGGCGGCCAUGUUUUGGCCCAUGCUUCGGCAACUAGAAUACUAUUAAGAAAAGGUAGAGGUGAUGAAAGAGUAGCCAAACUUCAAGAUUCACCUGAUAUGCCUGAAAAAGAAUGUACUUAUAUAAUUGGUGAAAAUGGUAUUACAGAUUCUUCAGAGUAA